GAUGCUUCGGCCGCGGAGCUGGAGCGUUGGCGGAACCAUGUGCAGAAUGGUCACGUACCGUUCCGUCGAGAUUGCAAGCAGUGUGUUGAAGGGGCGGCUGUGGGGAUUCAACAUAGACGUGUGCGACACCCGCAGAGUUAUACGCUCUCCGCGGACCUAUUUGGUCCAGUUCCUCUUGCUGAGCAUGGCCGAGAUGUCAGCAGUUGAAGGGUGCACCGCAUCGCAUGGAGUAGAGGACUUAGAGCUUGGUGGGGAUCUAGGUGGUCUAGAGGAGGAGCUCCUAAGGGAACUCUUUGACUCACCACUCCCUGGAGCAGUAGGUGAGAGCUUAGACCCAGAAGGCCUUAAGGCUUUGAUCCAGGAGCUUAAGGAGCCCGUGGAGCAGGUUGUUUUGCGCUACGUAGUCCCACUGAAGGGGAAGACAGGCCAGGCUUCGGACGCUGAUCUGUUCUUCAGGAUUGCCUGUUCACUGGUGGCCGUUGGCAGCAAGGACGGAUCCCGCCAACUGAUGAACCGUUGGGUUGAGACCCGGUACGGGGCGCCUCAUACGACGAUACCUGAGGGACAUGUUUUGAUCACCAGCGCGGGAAAUUUGGUUGCUUCAAAGGGGUUCAGGGCUAAGUUUGUGGAUCCGAAUGAGCUGGAAGGAGCCGGUCUUCCUGCCUUGCACAGCCCUGAGGAGUGCGAGAAUCAGGAGGAGCAGGGCCCUGGGUUUGAGGAUGGGGUAGUGGGUGAUGCUGCCUCAGCCUUGACGCCUGAGCGUCGCCUUAGAAUGAAAACCGCCGUACGAUUUGUAGAGUGUGAACCGGAGUCGGACCCAGAGUCCUACGCGCACCACUGUAUUCUCCAUGGGAACUAUUCCCGUGAAGCGCUCAGCCACUUAUUAAAUAAGCUGCCGGAGAAAUGGCUUAGCUCUAAGGUGUUGAACCGGUCCCUAUACCUCAUGCUACGCCAAGGGGACAAGGUUGAUGAACCAACGUGGACAGCUUUGAUGGUUGCAAAGGCAGGCGAUAUAGGAGAAGGUGGCACCGAGUCCACGCAGCCUGAUUGGUUGAGUGAGCGGGUUGAGAGCCUGAAGAGAUCCGCUAAGCUGUCUCAAGAAGAUUGGUGUGAUUUGAAGCGCCUGGACUUCGUUACCCCGACUAAGGAGCAGCCGCAGGCCAUGAAGAGGGAGAGCAACCAGAGGGUGUGCUUCAAGACGAUGUGCAGCCAGACUCGAUUACCCAGCUGGUUGGAUGGGACUUUAGUAACGGGGAUCCUGGAGAGUUUCCUAGGAGUCCAGACUCCAGAGGAUUUACCAUAUCUCUUUGAAGAAGAUUUAAUCGAGCUCGGCAUCUCCCCGUUGACAGCCUCUAGGUCGCAGCGUCAGAUCCCGUGGAUUAUCCAGAACCGCACCCUUAGGGUUCCAGAGGAGACAACGCAAGCAGACCCAACGGAUUCACUCACUCCACAGGUGCCUUUGAGGAGGCCGCAUCAGGCAGACAUCUACGAAGAAGAUUACUUAGAGAUGAUGUAUCUUCAGUCAAUGUGGAAUGGUGAAGAUGAUGAUCCGGGUGACAAUUGGCCCCCCGUUGAUGAUGAAAUGUUAAAUGUUCCGGAGGAGACUCAAGCAGACCCGCCAGAAGGGGGUACCGUAGCAAGUCAGAUCCACCAAGCAACUCGAGCUGACGUUAGUGGUCGUGAUGUGCAGAUCGGAGUUCCAGUGGGAAAUCCCCUUAGGUCGCUAAGUGCACCGCCGGCCGCCCAGACCGCAGAGGUUAGGAGAGUAGAGGACGAUGCUUAUACUCCGAACAUAGAGGCCCUUUUGGAAGAGCUUCAAGGCCCUCUAGAAGUUGUGCAUAACGUCGCUCCAGCAGAUGUCCGAGCCCACCUUGAUCGGUGGAAGCCCUCAGCAGUGGCAGAGGUCCAGUCUCUGGAAGGCAUGAAGGCGAUUCGGAGGUUCAGAGGACAGCAAGCACGAGAGAUUCUUCGUGAUAGCACCAUCGAGUUAAUUCCAGCCAAGGCAGUUUGCACUAUCAAACCAGGAGAGCCUUUCAAGCGCAAGUUCAGAGUGGUGAGUUGCGGCAACUAUGCCUCAACUACCGAGGAAACGUUGCUCUACGCCGGUGGGGCGGGAGCAGAGUGCCUGAGGACUCUACUGGUGUAUGCGGGUAGACGGGGCCGAAGAUGUUACGGUUUGGACGUGAAGUCUGCGUUUCUGCUGGCACCAAUCCCUGCGUAUGUCACCAAGAAGUACGGGGUACGACCCCCGAAGUUACUGGUGGAGAUGGGCGUGUGCUCUCCAGACGAGAUCUGGAUAAUAGACAGAGCCCUCUACGGGUUUCGUGAAAGCCCACGCUGGUGGGCGGAGCAUCGAGAUAGCGUGCUCCGAACGGCCAGUUGGACUACGCCAUAUGGGCAGGCUCAUCUUGAGCAGUUCUCCAGUGAGGGGAACGUCUGGGCGAUGAAGCUGAGUACGGGCGAAACCUUGGGUCACGUACUGAUAUACGUGGAUGAUUUUCUUCUGCUAACUGACUCAGACGUGGCUGAAGCCUUCAUUGGGUGGAUUCGAGAGAG